AUGUCGUCUUACUAUGGUGGCCGUGGAGGCGGAGGCCAGCGCUGGGACAGCGAGCGCUUCGCCCAAGAGAGAGACCGGGUCCGCUUCGAGGAACGAGAAAGCGGGUUCUUGCGAGGGCCCGGCCGAGGAGGACCGCUGCGCGAGCAUUCCGUCGACGAGAUCUACGAGCGUCGAGGCCCCCGCGUCUGCGAGGAGGAUCGGUACGAGAGUCGACAAUACCAUGAUGAUGGGCCGCGAUACUUGCCUGGGAGGGAGCGGCCUUUUGGGAGGAACAGAGGAGCCAGUGUGACUCUUGAGAAGGAGAGGGAGAGGGACUUUUUGGAGCGGGAGCCCGAUCCGUUGCCGAGACGCGGCGGGAACAGGCCAGCGUUUUUGAGGAGACAGUCGAGUUUGGAUACCUUUGAUCGCAAGCCUUUGACGCGAUACGUAGACAGGGAGCAGAGGGAGGAGUAUGGGCCUCCUGCGAGGUACAGGGAGGACUUUCGGGCGCCGCCGCCUCCGCCUUUGACGCCUAUCCCACUGCCGCGAUCGAGAGGCCUACCGCCGCCGAGACGGUACUAUGAGAGGGAGUAUGAUGAUAUCGAGAUUGCGGAGCCGGAUUACUACGGUGAUGACUCGUUCAGGGGAUAUCCGGAGAGGGUUCGGGAGAGGGAGAUCAUUCGACGGAGGAGAAGGAGCCGGAGCAGAGACAGUCACGGGACUAGCAGGGCAAGUCACAGUGUCAAGGGCAGUGUGAGGAGCAGCAGUACGAGCUCGUCUAGCAGCGAAGAGACUACGAUCAGUGUCAGAAGCGAGUUCCCGAAGAAGGGGAAAACGAGAAUGCCUGCCAGACUUGUGCAUAAGAGGGCAAUUAUUGAUUUAGGGUAUCCCUUUGAGGAAGAGGGCGAUGUGAUCAUUAUUCAAAAGGCGCUUGGUCGGGAGAACAUCGACGAAGUGAUCAAAUUGAGCGAAGACUACAGAGUUGCAGACGAGACCGUCACGGAGAAGCAAACAACUCUAACAACCUGUCUUGUUGGUGCAGAAGCUCAAAUGUCUGGGGCGCGCUCCGAAGCUGGUACAAUUAUCGAAGAAAGGCACGAAGUGUUCACCGUUCCCCCACCACCAGCAUCGGUGGCACCUUCUGUACCCCCUCCAGCCCCUCCAGCUCCAGCUGAAUCCGUGGCCGCAUCCUCUCACCCCGCACAAUCUCAACACGGGGGCUCACAGUAUGGUGGAGAGCCAGUCAUCAUUAACUCCGGCCCUGGUCCCCGCGAGGAGGUCUAUGAGAGGAGAGAAGUCUACGAGUCGAACGGCCCUCUCACCCUCGCCGUUCGCCCCCAGGACCACCGGAAAGACGAGCGCGCCAUUCGCGCCGAGAUCAAAGCCCUCGAAGCCGAAAAAGAAGCGCUCCGGGCUCAGAAGCGCGCGGAUCGCGAACUCCGCAAGGCAGACCGCAUCCGUGCCCACGGCCGCUCCUCGGAAAGCGAUCUCGUUCUCUACGAACGAGACCGCUUUGAACGGAAUGGUGAGGAGGUCACGAUGGUGCGCACGGAGAGGAUCGAGGAGCCGGAAGGAGGUGUGAGGAUUCAGAAGGAUAGAAAAGGACCGCCGCCGAGACUAGUCAAGGCUAUGCUCAAGACUCUCACAUGA